AUGAGAUUCUCACACUUCCUCAAAUACAAUGCUGUCCCUGAAUGGCAGAAUCAUUAUCUUGACUAUAACGAGUUAAAGAAUCUGAUCUACACAUUGCAGACAGAUCAGUUGAAACAAGAAAAGCCAGACGAUGAAGGGGUGAAUUAUGACGCUGACUCUCAAACGCAACGUCCUACUCCGGAUAUAGAAAGUAACGUAGCUACUGGAGACCCUUCGUCCUCCAAGAGAAGAUUUGCCCACCAGCUAAAGCGUAAGCUGUUUGGUUCUAAACAACCGUCGUCAACAAUAAACAAAAAGGGCGAAACGGGCGAAAAAGCCAUAGAUGGUAAUAACGUCAAUGAGGAAACGAUUGAGUUAGACGAAUUAUCUCCUCAGGGUAAAAAUACUGUGAUCAACAAGAAUUUUAUAAGUAAAAAGUUCUUUGAGUCUCGCAGUUCCUCUGUGAGCAGUGAGGGAAGGACUUUAUUUAGCUCUUAUGACACUUUCGUAACCAAUUUGAGUGAUGAGAAAUUGAAAAUGGACGAUUUCUACAAAAGAAUGGAAGCGAAAUUCUAUGAGAGAUUUGACAAUUUGGUUAACGACUUAGAAAAAGAAGGCAUUGUAACAAGAGUGAACGAGACAUUCGGUCCUGAAAUGGAGGACCUGCCUCCUUUAAGAGAUAUUGUCUCUAGUACAUCGCAGAUCCAAGCAUCUAAUAAUCCAUACGAAGUUCAUUCUUCAAACCUUGAUAGCGAGUUGAGAAAUAGGUAUGAUUACAGCGAAGAGGAAAUGGACGAUGAUGACGUGGACGUGUUCGCAGAUACUACAGACAACACCGCACUUUUGAAUUAUUCACAAUUUAACAUUAAAUCCCAGAAAAAAUCUUUAUUGAAACAAACUAUAAUUAACCUUUACAUAGAUCUUUGCCAAUUAAAGUCUUUCAUCGAAUUAAACAGAAUGGGCUUCGGUAAAAUCACCAAAAAGUCUGAUAAAGUGUUGCAUAUGAACACUAGGCAAGAACUAAUUGAAAGUGAAGAGUUUUUCAAAGACACAUACAUUUUCCAACAUGAUACUUUGAGUAUUUUAAACAGCAAGAUAGCUCAACUUAUCGAAUUUUACGCUGUUCUAAUGGGUCAACCUGGCAACGUAGAUGCCUGUAAACAGGAACUAAAAUCGUAUCUGCACGACCACAUCGUUUGGGAAAGAAGUAACACUUGGAAGGAUAUGUUCAGUCUUUCUUCCCAAAACAAGGAUAUAAUAGCUAUUGAAGACGAGGCUGAAAAAUUAAUGCAUGAAAAGCUUCAAAUUGAGUAUUUCAUGUACUCCUUGCCUAAACCAAUAAAUUUGAAGUUCACUACUAUCGAAAACUUGGCUGUUCCAAAGCUGUUUUUCGGUAAGAGAGCCAUGAAAAUAGGGUUUAUUAUUAUCGUUACAGGUGUCCUAUUGGGUGUUAAGACUUUCAAUGACCCCGUAGAGCACAGAUGUAUGGCAUUAGUAGAAUGUUGCGCUUUCUUGUGGGCAAGUGAGGCCAUCCCCUUACACAUUACAGGUCUUUUGGUCCCACUUCUAACAGUUCUUUUCCGAGUGCUAAAAGACGAUCAAGGUAAGGUGAUGGGAGCGGCGGCUGCCUCUUCAGAAAUAUUAGGUACAAUGUGGUCCUCCACAAUUAUGAUUUUACUAGCAGGUUUUACUUUGGGUGAAGCUCUGUCGCAAUACAAUGUCGCCAAAGUUUUGGCUUCUUGGCUAUUAGCCUUUGCUGGUACCAAACCAAGAAAUGUUCUUCUAAUGGCAAUGUGUGUGGUGUUCUUUCUUUCGAUGUGGAUUUCCAAUGUCGCCUCUCCAGUUUUAACUUAUUCUCUAUUGACCCCAUUAUUAGACCCGUUAGACUACACUUCACCAUUUGCUAAGGCAUUAGUCAUGGGGGUCGCACUUUCAGCAGAUAUUGGUGGUAUGGCUUCACCUAUUUCUUCACCCCAAAAUAUCAUCUCCAUGCAAUAUUUAAAAACUUAUGGCAUCGGCUGGGGUCAGUUUUUUGCUGUGGCUCUACCUACGGGUAUCUUAUCUAUGCUAUGUUCUUGGGCUUUGAUGAUAGUAACGUUCAAAAUAGGAGAAACCAAACUAGAAAAAUUCAAGCCAAUAAAAACUAGGUUCACCAUAAAGCAAUAUUACAUCAUUGCUGUGACGAUUGCUACCAUUAUUUUAUGGUGUGUAGAGUCACAAAUCGAAAGUGCCUUCGGGUCAUCCGGUGAAAUUGCUGUUAUACCGAUUGUCUUGUUUUUUGGUACAGGACUUUUAUCUACAAAGGAUUUUAACACAUUUCCUUGGUCCAUUGUUAUUCUGGCUAUGGGUGGUAUUGCGCUUGGUAAAGCGGUUUCAUCGUCAGGUUUAUUAGUAACCAUUGCAAGAGCCUUACAGAAGAAAAUUCAGAAUGAUGGUGUCUUCGCUAUCUUAUGUAUUUUCGGUAUCUUAAUGCUUGUUGUUGGUACUUUUGUUUCACAUACAGUGUCUGCUAUCAUUAUUAUCCCUUUGGUGCAAGAAGUCGGUAAUAAGUUGAGUAACCCAAAAGCAGCCCCAAUUCUUGUAUUUGGUUGCGCCUUAUUAGCAUCUUGUGGUAUGGGAUUAGCCUCCUCCGGAUUUCCCAACGUUACUGCUAUUUCAAUGACCGAUAAAAAGGGCAAUAGGUGGCUAACUGUGGGUGCAUUCAUUUCCAGAGGGGUUCCUGCCUCAUUAUUGGCGUUUGUCUGCGUCAUUACUAUAGGUUACGGUAUUAGUUCAUCCGUUUUGAAAGGAAGCACCAGUACCUAA